AUGUCUUUAGAAAGAGAAGAACCCAGCCAUUUCGGUGCUGGCCCAGCUCAAUUGCCCACCAACGUCCUGCAGCAAGCUGCUAAAGAUUUGGUCAAUUACCAAGGCAUCGGACUUGGAAUUGGUGAAAUUUCACACCGUUCAAGCGAUGCUACGAAGGUUAUCGACAACACUAAGGAAAAUUUGCGUAAAUUGAUGAAUAUCCCCGACUCUCAUGAAGUCUUCUUCAUGCAAGGUGGUGGAACAACUGGAUUUUCAUCGAUAGCCACCAACCUUACUGCUGCCCACGUUGGUAAGACGGGCUCCAAGGGUACUGCAGGAUAUUUGAUCACCGGGUCCUGGUCUGCCAAAUCCUUGGAGGAGGCUCAAAGACUGGGAAUUGAUGCAGAAGCUCUCUUCAAUGCUAAGGAUUUCAACAAAGGGAAAUUCGGCACAAUCCCUGCAGAUGCUGAAUGGGCCGAUAAGUUAAAGUCCAAGGACUACUCUUACGUUUAUCUCUGUGAGAACGAAACUGUACACGGUGUUGAGUGGCCGCAAUUACCAAAGGCGCUAACAGAAUCAGACGUUGAAAUUGUGGCAGAUUUAUCAAGCGACAUUCUUUCUCGCGAGAUUGACGUUUCUCAAUACGGUGUAAUCAUGGCCGGUGCUCAAAAAAACAUCGGACUUGCUGGCCUCACCAUUUACAUUAUCAAAAAAUCGAUUCUAGAUAAUAUUUCUGCCGCUUCUUUGGACAAACUGCGUCAACUAGGAGUCCCCAUUACUCCUAUUGCUUUCGAAUAUCCAACAGUUGUGAAAAAUAACUCUGCUUACAAUACCAUUCCAAUUUUCACGCUUCAUAUUGUUGACUUGGUUCUGCGCCAGAUUAUUGCCAAGGGUGGUGUUGCUGCCCAACAAAAGGAGAAUGAACUCAAAGCAGAACUGCUUUACACUGCGCUAGACAAGUAUCCUGAAUUUUAUGCUGUUCCCGUGGCUAAGGAAUGCAGAUCGAAAAUGAACGUUGUGUUUACUUUGAAAAAGGAAGGACUGGACAAACAAUUUUUGGACGGAGCUGCAGCUCUUAAGCUUACAGGCUUGAAGGGUCAUAGAUCGGUAGGCGGAUUUAGAGCUUCCAUUUACAACGCAGUUUCAGUGGAAAGCACCAGAACUCUCGCACAGUUCAUUGACGACUUUGCUUCCAAGAACGCCUAA